CAAAUUGAAAAAUUCAUAUUAUACACUAUAUUAUCCAUACUCUUUUCUUUAAGUGGAAAGUGGUUAUAGACAAAAUUUGAUGUGACUGUCAUUUUCGAUUUAUUUAUAUUUUUAGUCAUACGAAUUAUGCCUUUCUAUCAAAAACCGAAAACUUUUACACCUUUAUUAUUAGCAGCUGAAAAAAAAGCUAUCAAAAACGGUGUACAUAAGGCAAUCUUUACAUCUCGUUUCGAUAAAUAUGUUGGCGAUUGGAAGAAAGAUUUAAAAGAAGGCAAAGGUUUUUUUUUAACAUACACUGGAAAAUUAUACGAAGGAGAUUGGUAUAAAGGUUUUAGGCAUGGGUUUGGAACUCUAAGUAAUAAAUUGUCCAACGGGACGUUUAGUCUAGAAUAUAGAGGUGAUUGGGUAAAGGGAAAACCGGAAGGAGUAGGUUGGCGGUAUUACGAAAAUGGAGAUGUUUACUUUGGAUUUUGGAAAAAAGGCCAUCGACAUGGUUAUGGGAAAGUAUGGUAUAAAGACCAUACUUUUUACGUCGGCUAUUGGAAUAUGGAUAAAAAAGAUGGACUUGGAAUGUUUGUUCAAGCAAACGGCAAUCGUUAUGAAGGUCACUGGGUUGAUGACUUCAGGGAGGGUUUAGGUCGUUUCUACCAUUUACACACUGGUCAGCUGCAAGAAGGGUGCUGGAAGCGCGGAGUGUGUAUUCAAUCGAAGAUGUGUGAUAUCAUUAUCCGUCAAUAUUGCGAUCUACCCACACCGUAUCCUAUUCCGCAGGUGGCACUUCAAAAUCCACGUAAACUUCUUGAUGAAAGUGAAUUAUGGCUAAAAAAAAAAAUACGGGAGAUCGAUGAAAACUUAAAAUACUGCAUUGACAAAAUGUAAGGUUUAUUGCGAAAUACAAUCAGAUCAUCAUAUAUAUUACAAAAUU